AGGCCGCCGCGCUGGGAGGCCGCAGACGAGGCUCGGCCGGGCCGGGAAGAGACUGAGGGGGGCGGCGGGUGUUGCCGCGGGUCGGCGAGGGGGUUUGUUUACGGUUCUGGUACGGCCGCCGGGGGCCUCCUUUUGCCGAACCGCAGGCUUUUUCGGGGGUUACGCAAACAUGCCGCUUUCAAGGUAUCGGCCGUACCUCGCAAACGCGGAGUCGAGGAGUGGAGUAUUCGGGCACGCUGUUUUCCAGUUAUUGCAGGGAAGCUGACGUUUUGCCUCUGCUUCAACAUCCUUGAAACGUAUUUGGUUCUAAGAUCAUGGAUUUUCCAGGACACUUUGAGCAAAUCUUUCAGCAGCUAAACUACCAGAGGCUUCAUGGCCAGCUUUGUGACUGUGUCAUUGUGGUGGGAAACAGGCAUUUCAAAGCCCAUCGUUCUGUUCUGGCAGCAUGUAGCACACAUUUCCGAGCUCUCUUUACUGUUGCAGAGGGAGAUCAAACUAUGAACAUGAUUCAGCUGGACAGUGAAGUGGUGACAGCAGAAGCCUUUGCUGCUCUGAUUGACAUGAUGUACACUUCCACAUUAAUGCUCGGAGAAAGCAAUGUUAUGGAUGUCUUGCUGGCUGCUUCUCACUUACAUUUGAACUCUGUUGUUAAAGCCUGUAAACAUUAUCUUACUACCAGGACACUGCCAAUGUCCCCACCUAAUGAUAGAGUUCAAGAGCAAAAUGCACGCAUGCAAAGAUCUUUCAUGCUUCAGCAGCUGGGAUUGAGCAUCGUGAGCUCUGCAUUGAAUUCCUCUCAGAGCACAGAGGAACAGCCAAAUACUAUGAGCUCAUCAAUGAGAAGUAACAUAGAGCAGCGUACCACUUUUCCUAUCCGUCGUCUCCACAAGCGUAAACAGUCUUCUGAGGAUCGGGCCAGGCAGCGAAUUAGACCUACCAUAGAUGAGUCUGUUUCAGAUGUUACUCCAGAGAGUGGGCAGUCAGUAGUUCAUUCACGGGAAGAUUUCUUUUCACCAGAUUCACUGAAGAUUGUGGACAAUUCUAAGGCUGAUGCUGUUACUGAUAAUCAGGAGGAUAAUACUAUUAUGUUUGAUCAAUCUUUCAGUGCUCAGGAAGAUGCUCAGGUGCCCAGCCAGUCUGACAACAGUGGAGGAAACAUUUCACAGAUGUCCAUGGCAUCCCAGGCAACACAAGUGGAAACCAGCUUUGAUCAGGACACUACUUCUGAAAAGAACAAUUUCCCAUGUGAGAAUCCAGAGGUCGCUCUGAAUGAAAAAGAACAUAUGAGAGUGGUGGUUAAAUCUGAGCCCUUGAGUUCCCCAGAACCUCAAGAUGAAGUGAGUGAUGUCACUUCACAAGCAGAAGGUAGUGAAUCUGUUGAAGUGGAAGGAGUAGUGAGUGCAGAGAAGAUAGAACUGAGUCCUGAAAGCAGUGAUCGUAGCUUUUCCGAUCCUCAGUCCAGUACUGAUAGGGUGGGAGACAUCCAUAUUAUGGAAGUGUCAAAUAACCUGGAACACAAGUCCACUUUCAGUAUCUCCAGCUUUCUGAAUAAAAACAGAGGUGGCAGCUUUGGUGCUAGUCAAAAUAACGAUGAUAACAUUCCAAAUACAACAAGUGACUGCAGAAUGGACAGUGAUGCCUCUUACCUAAUGAGUCCAGAAUCUGGGCCUGCAAGUGGUCAUUCAUCUGCGACAGUCUCUCAUGUAGAGAAUCCGUUCAGUGAGCCUGCAGACUCUCACUUUGUUAGACCAAUGCAGGAAGUAAUGGGCCUUCCUUGUGUACAGACUUCUGGAUACCGGGCUGCAGAACAGUUUGGUAUGGAUUUUCCGAGGUCAGGCUUGGGCUUGCAUUCUCUGUCAAGGGCAAUGAUGGGCUCUGUAAGAGGUGGAGCUAGUAGCUUUCCUGGUUACCGUCGCAUAGCCCCGAAAAUGCCUGUUGUGACCUCUGUCAGGAGCUCCCAGCUGCAAGAUAACUCAUCCAGUACCCAGCUGAUAAUGAACGGGACGACUUCUUUUGAGAAUGGGCAUCCUUCACAACCUGGUCCACCACAGUUGACAAGGGCAUCUGCAGAUGUCCUCUCAAAAUGUAAGAAGGCCUUAUCUGAGCACAAUGUCUUGGUUGUAGAAGGUGCUCGCAAAUAUGCAUGUAAGAUCUGCUGCAAGACUUUUUUGACUCUGACAGACUGUAAGAAACACAUCCGUGUACAUACAGGAGAAAAGCCUUAUGCCUGUUUAAAGUGUGGCAAAAGAUUCAGCCAGUCCAGCCAUCUAUAUAAACAUUCCAAAACAACCUGCCUGAGGUGGCAGAGCAGCAAUCUACCUAGCACUUUGCUUUAAUCUUUUUGACCCCCUAGCCUGAAUGAGAAUGACAAUACAAACUUUUAAGUCUCUGAAGUAUUUCAGGAACAAUAACACUAUUUUGGUCAAGGCUGCAGGUUAAGAAGCUGCUCUUGGGGAUCAGUGAGCUUUUAAGUGGGAUUAUGCCCCACACACCACAGGUUCUGUGCAUUUGGGAUAAUACCAUACCUACCUCACAGGGGUGUUGUGAGGCUUAAACAACUGUUAGUGAAGUGCUUUGAGAUCUUCAGAAGGUGGCACUGUUUCUAUAUUAAGCAUUAUUAUUAUUAUGUACAUGCAGGCCUUGGGCUCGCAGGGAUAUAAUCCCUAAAACUAUGUAGUUCCUUUGCAGGGCAGAGGGGUGGAGGUUGAGUGAGAACAUAGUUGUCUCCUGAUGAUGUCUAAGUAGUACAUUUCAAGAAUGAGGAAUUUAAGUGCAAAUUUCUUUUUUUUUAAGGGUAUUUUGUAAAAGUGAAAGCAUUUAAAUGAAUGACUUGUAAAAAGUAAGUUGAUGAAUUGUAUAUGAAAAAUAAUGCAAAGAGCUCUUUGUGUAUGAAAAAUACAAACUGCAUAUCUUUAAAAGAAAAACAACUUUGGAUGCACCUGUCUGCCAUAAAAUGCUUUACAAUAUGUUAAUUAUAAAAAAUAGUUUUAGAGUUCUGAAUGUAUGUUUGGCUGUUUUGUAGUAAAGGACACUAUGUAAUGAAGGUGCUUAAAUUAAAUCCAGGAGUAACUUUUGGUCUGCCAGAUGUAUAUAUACUUUGAAUACAGCAAGAUCUGGGUGUUUCACCAAUUUUUUUUCUGUAGAAACUUGUAUUAAGUGAUAAGUGAAGUACUGUUUCUUGUUUGUGCUAUUCUUAGCAGUAUUUUAACCGAUUUGUAUUUCAUAUGUUAAAAUUCCAUGUGCACAGAAGUCCGAAAAGAGCUUGUAUUUGCCUGCUUUGUUAGUCUGAAUGAGAAAGAGAAUUUGUGAUGGCUUUUUCUACUGUAUAAGAUAGUCUCUUGCUCUUUCCAGAUGCUGAUAGUCAAUCUGAUCCAUGUUACUGUGUCAACAUACUAUCCAUUUCUGAUAUUCUUAUCUUUAGGCUUUGAUUUCCUUCUCCAUAUACUUGUUUUCCUUUGUUUUCCUUUCCAACUAUGGAUUUUUUCUCAGAUCAAAGCAGUAAGGAAUGAUCCUCAUUUGCCAUAUUUAUUUAUGUUGCUGAAUAAUGUAGUUAUCAAAUCCAGGCCUUCAGUUUAAAGUAGUGUCAUAACAGUAUUUUUUUCUACAUAAAUUUAAAAAAGAACUGGCAUAAUUUUAAUUUUUAAAAAAGAGCACUGUACACCUUGUAAAGCAGUUUGAUCUUUGUUCUUCAAGCGAAUCAGAUAAAUCUUGUUUUUAAUUUCCUCUUCUUUGAUACCACUGUAACAAAAAAAAAAAAAAGACUGCAAAUAGUAUUAGUUAAAGAUGCACGUGAACUUAAUUAUUAACUUUCAGCGUAUUAGAUUUCUAAAUAACAUUUGAGAGCACUUCUGAUAAAUCUUACUGUGCUGUAUAAGAGAUGGGUCAGGAUUUUAGCGUGUCUUCUACUCAGGAGAAACAAACGAUCAACGUUUUCUGUGUCAAAAUCACAGAGUAAAUGCUUCUUUGGAAACUUUCUCCUCUUUGUCUCUACAGCAAAUAUAUCCUGUGUGAUGUUCAGCAGUUUUGAAGACUUGUGCUGUCUGAUAGUUUGCUAUCUUUAACAUCUUAGAUUUAUAUUUGCAUAAACUGAAAAUAAAAUCUUAGUCCACAGUCCUGUAGGUAACUUGGCAGGAUGAGCUAUAAAAACUGUUGAAGUACAAAAAUCGUUCAUUGUCAGACCGAAGGAAACAUGGAACUCCUACGUUUCGCUUUAUGUGAAACAGUAAAUGGCUGAUAAAGAAAUGCAUCUUCAUCUCUAAUGUCACCUGUCCAUGUUGAAAAAAUACCUAGUGUCUGUCAGUGCGUCGUUUGCAGCUUGCGCAUCCAAGGUAGAUGGAACUGUAGUGAAUGACCUGAUUAAUUCCUUCAAAAUGUUGAAAUGUCAUUGUAGAAUUUACCUAACGGUCUUAUUUCUGGUUCUUAAAUUUUUAAAGCAUUAAAGAAAUGUACCACAUUUUAUAAAAAGAUUAGGAAAUGCCACAUUUUAUUUGAAAUAACUGAUUUCAGGGGACUAACAACAUUGAGCUAUACUAAAUGAUCUCACUGAAACAUCAAUAAAAUGCAGUAUUUCAUAUUUUAAUAUUUUUGUGUUAGUGUGUUGCCUUGUUAGUAAGAUAGUCUUUUAAUCUUUCUUGCCUUUUAGUGUUUUCUUUAAAAAAUAGUUUUGUUUCCAUUUUGUGUCCAUUUUCUGUAGCACAUCUGAAAUCCUUGAAAUCCCAUCAUGCAUAGGAAUAAAGCAGAUAUGUGAGUAAGGAGACUAGAAUAAUUAAGAAUUAACAUGAGCAGAUGAAUUAAACAUAUAUUUAACUGUACUUCUGGAUCUGUUUUUAUAAUAAGAUUUAAAUGACAUUGAGAAAUGUCAACUUGUAAGAGAGGACUGCUGUCAUUUUUAAAGAAAAAGUUAAACUUGGGACAUCUUUGGAAGUAGCAAUUGUAAUUUUCCUUAUUCAUUGAUACAUACUUCUGGAGGGGCAUCAUGCAAGUCCAGGCGCUUGUGUCUAGCGUUUUACUCUCUUCAUCUUCCGAUAUGAAGUAAUAUCUCUGAAGUAUCUCUACUCUAGCUAUCUUGUACUGUAGAAUGGGAAGUUUUUCAUCUCCAAGCCUACUAGCUGUCAAAAAACUUACCAUGGCAAUUUUUGUUCAAAACUUAAGUUUCUGAACACUACAGUGAGAUCUCAUGUAAAAGUACUAUCAUGUUAGUAUUAUGAAACAAACCUGAGAAUAAAUGCUACACUUCGUGCUGA